CAAAGAUCGGUUUGGAUGGCUUGUCCUUGAGGAUGCGCUUUUUUCAAAACCUGCCGGCAAAAUGAAAGGAAGUCUCUGGCACUAAGGAUCAAGAUGUUUGACAUAGAUGCCAAGCUGCUAGAGCAGUUCAGUGCACUUGGUACAACAGAUAAAGAUGAAUUGAUAAGUCAGCUGAAAGCAGUCGUUGGAAACGAGUUAUCUAACGAGUCGUGUCGGUUUUUCUUAGAACUAGCCGACUGGAACUUACAACGUGCGAUCGGUGCGUACUUUGAUUUCAGUUUCGAGGGAUCUUCAUCAGCUAGUUGUGCGACUAAUUGCCCACUAACUGUUUGCGAACCAUCGGCGAAUGUAGACAGCAUGCGUAUAGACUCCGAAGUUCUAGUAGACCAGAGACAAUUCGAUGCCCGAAUAUGGCCGUCACCGUACGAUACUCCAGAACCUGGUGGGUUCAUCAAAGUAACUAUUGAGAACUGUGGUUCUUGUUCUUGGCCGGAAGGAACGUUUCUACGAUCUGAAACAGACCACACUAUUGCACGACUUAACAGUCUUUCUGCAGAUAACAGUGAAGUCCUGUGGCUCCCGAUUGGCGUAGAUGGCAGGAUCCCCAUUCUUCCAAUACCUCCGCAUCAAAUUGUAGAUCUAACGCUAAACGUUACUCCUCCAAAUCUCCAGCUAACGUUCCAUCGUCCUGUUGUUGGUGCUUUGUCCUUCUGUCUUCCCAACGGUGACAGAUUUGGGGGUUAGUUAUUUUUACACUAAGGCUGCAUCUCUUAAUUAAUGAUGUUUUGUUACAUUUAAAAAUUUUGUGUAAGUUAAUCCGUUAUUUUAAGUUUCUUAAGUAGAUACUUAUGUUUUCCAAUUGCGUAAUGCAUUAAAAUUAUCACUAUCAUUUAUUAGCUGGGAAAUAUGUACAGCUUUUGGUUUAUCAAGUCUUCAAUAAACUAAAAGGUUCUGUUGUGAGACUUAUUAGUAAAACCAUAUUAGCAGCGUUCGUAGAUCCGUAACCUUAGCGGUCGUAUUGCACUUCGCCUAUUUAGAGUCUAGACAUGACUAAAUAAAGUUGUAAUAGUAGAAUCUGUGCCACACAGGCUCAUGUGAUCAGGGCGAGUUAGCAUUCCUGUAUGAAAUGCUACUGGUUACUAUUAGUACGGAUAAUUGAGUAGAAAUUACGUAAAUAGAGUCCCCAGCUAACCUUAUUGUAUCACUCUACUAGUUCCAUAAUGCCUUUGACUGAGUAUAUGGUUUAGCUUGGAAACACUGAAAAGGUCCAUUAGGGCUGUAGAUUUCUAUAGUAUGAUCUAGAACAUGAUAUGAAGAUACUUGGUUCAAUAUAAAACGGACCCUCGCAACUGAUGUGAAAGGGUAAGAGCUCUCACUCACGCUUUAGUCCUAGUCACUAUAUAAAUGACAUCUAUUACUCCUGGUCGAGCAGCAGUCUUAAACCUACUCUGUCCUAUACUGUCUUUCCCAGUUGAUCCAAAGUGCUUUGAUGUUUGAUGUUUGCCUCCGAUUUCCGGUGCAAGGUGCUCCAUGGUCUCUCUCCUUUUCUCUUGCUUUGGAGAUUAAUUGGUGGUGCACUUUGCGAAUUUCCUCCAGUGUUUUCCACUGAUUUCCUCUUUAGUUGGAAGCUGGUCUGCUCUCUGCCGCAGCAGGCUGUUGCCAAUGGUGUCUGGCCAACGGAUAUGGAGUACCUUGUGGGAACACUUGUUCAUGAGUAAUUAUACCGUUUUGAUAAUAGUUGAAGCAGUUCGUCAGGAUUCAACUCCACACACAUCAUAACUACAAAAAUUAUUAUUGAUCAGAGGACAAUGAGUUAUAUCAGCAAGUUUUUAAGUGUUCGCAAGUCGAUUUCCAGUGAAGCAAAUUUAAAACGAGAACGAAAAAUUCGAUUAAGCGGUAUUCAGAAGAUUAGAAUUUGUUAAAAGGCGCCAUCGCAAGCGAUUUUGGGUCAUGUAGUUCUGGGUCUGUAACCAAUGUUUACGAUUCUGGUGAGGACCCUAACCAGGUAGUCUACAUCUACCAAUAUGGCUCACUUCAGUUGUCAGUGACUUCAUUGAUUUGUGCCUUGUUUUGGCCUGUCAGUCUGUCAGUUUUUAACGUAGAACUUCGUACGUACGUACGUCAGUCCAAGUUGCCAUAAUAGGGCGGAAAAUAUAUUACAGGAACAACUAGAAAGACAGUUAGGCGACCAUUUAAGCGAUUCCCAUCCGGAAGCAGGUUGGAAUGAUAUCAAAAAGCUGUGGAAACAGCAGUGAUAUCUGAUAGUAAGGUUGACCAUAAGGCUAGAAUGAAGCCGUGGAACUCAGUAGCAUCCACCGAUCUGAUGGAUACCCGAAAACUCAUCCCACCUGGCUCUGAACAUACUGAAGAACGAAGUCAACUUAGGCUCAGACUUAUAAAAAGCCUACGUAACGAUCGCGAACAGUGGUGGGUGGCGAAAGCAAAAGCGAUGGAAAAGGCAGCGGCGAUCGGCAACACUAGACAACUUUUCCGCCUUAUUAAAGAAACCGGUAUUAGGAACCCGAAUGUGAGUGAGACUAUCUCGGAAAAGGAUGGUCUUAUUAUCCAUUCUCAAUCCAGGAGAUUGGACCGAUGGGCAGAACACUUUAGGAACCAGU